AUGGCGGGAGAAGACAAGGGUCGCAUGCUUCUGUGUGCCUCCACCACAGAAACAUCCCGGAUGGUCAGCCCCUCAGUGAAUGAAUGGAGCUGUUUUGAAACCAGUGGGAUGAUGACAACUGUGGAAAGACCCCACUCGGAUCUCCUGCUGCAGGUGGAAGAAAACCGAGAAGUGAAGCACAGAGGGAUCAGGUUCCGGGAGCGGCGGGAAGGUUGCAGGGGGCCCCGGGGCAGGUCCUGGAGCUCAGGCAGCCGGCACCGGGAGCCCAGCUCAGGCCGCGGGGUGCAGCCGGGCACGAGCGCUCGGGCUGCCGAAACGGGAGAUCAGAAAAAGGAGAGACAUGGAAAAAAGGAGAGGAAGAGGAGCAACACUCAAGCGGGAAGGAAGAAGGCAGACACUGAGGAACGCCCGCAGGAACCCGCAGACAAGCAGAGAGCCGGGCUGGGCUGGGAGAGGGGCCCGCGGAAGGGGCGGGACGCCAGGCGGCUCGAGGCCAAUGGGAGGGCGGGCCGGGGCGAGGGCGGGGCACUAGGCGAAACGACGCCAAUGGGAGGGCGGGCCGGGGUCACGCGCUCCGCGGGCCGGGCACCCCCGCCCGCCAGGCACGGCCGCGGCUCCUUCCUCUUCCUGCCCGCGGUGGUGGGGGUGGGGCAGGCCUCGGGACACCUGCCUCCGCUGCCGGCCGCCGGCCUCGCGCGGCUUCCCGGGCGGCUCUGCCCCGACCGUACACUCCCGGCCCGCUCGCGGCGGCAGGAGCCGUGGUUCCGUGGACCUGGGCGCGCUCUCUCCCUGGCCACUGGGAGAUCCCCCGCGGCCUCGCGGGGAAAACCUCGGGACUGCCCCGCGGCCCCGGCCGUCUCUGCGUCGCUCCUUCUCGCGCGCGACCGUGGACUCGUCCCCGCGAGCCCGGGUUGGCGAAAGCUGCGGGGGCCGGGGUCGCACUACUUGGCGCGGAAGGGCCGGCGGUGGGCGGAGGGAUCCCCGUCCGCGGGGCAAAGGAAAAUAAGUCAAAGACUCAGAAGGCAGCGUGAAUCCAGGGCCCGGGAUGCAGGGUUUGCUGGAACGCCAGCCGGUGCGAUCGCGCCCCUGGGAUUCCGCUUAGCCCGCGCGUCCAUUUCCCUGCACGAUGGACUCAGUAAAGCCGGAUCUGUCCAACGCCUGCAGCGUGGAUGUGGAGGCGGACUAAUCAACCGGUGCUCUGUUAUUAUUUCUACCCAUCCCUUUUCUCCAUGCUAAUUUGCUUAGAACUUUAACAUUGAAUGGACAGCAAAUGUCAUGUUCUGUUUAAUUAUCACUCCUUGACCAUUAUGUUAAUUUCUUUCCCUAACAAGGUGACGCAUUGUUUUAAGUAACAAUGACCAACUCAUCUACUCUUCUUCCAAAUUGUGUAAAUUGAAGGGUAAAAUGUGGGAAAAAAAUUUUAGCUGAAUUUGAAUGCUAAAUUUGAACAUUUCACACAACAAAAAUUUGAAAUGCUUCUUUGCAAUAUUAUGGCGUUUCGGAACAGAUAAAAAUACUUCAUUUUCAGACAUUUGGUGAACAAAUACUUCUUGGACGUUUAUAUGCAAAGCAAUGCAUGUAACAUUUUCAUUACUUUGCAAGUGUGCUUAUCAGUAAAAUAAUUUUGUUUUAAAUUCUAGCCUUCGUUUAAAUGUAUUUUAGUUACCACAUUGGGAAGAAAAUAAAAUAUUACUGUGUACGGAA